AUGACUAUUCUCGUUGCAUCCCUAACAUUUCUCCUACUCCUCCUCCUCUCCACCACCACCGCUCGCCCAACGAAAGCAAUCCCGACCACCCUCCACCCGACCACGAGGCUUCCCUUGCUCAACUUGGACAGAUUGUCCAGCUCAGAAGCUCGAAUGAGAAGAGACGCCGCCCGCAUGGCCGUCUUGGUCGGCCAAGUCUUGGACGACGACGACGACUACAACAGGAUCAUUUUGGGCUAUAUCCCGGGCGCGGCAGCCGUGAUAGUCAGCAUCGGCACCCCGCCCGUGGACCAAAACCUAAUGGUGGACACAGGUAGCGAUCUCUUGUGGCUGCAGUGCAAGUCGUGUGACGAAUGCUUCACGCAACGCGACCCGACGUUUGAUCCAAAAAUGUCCAGCUCGUACAAACGAGUCCCUUGCGCGGGCUCGGAUAACCCAAACGCCUGCGACAGACUCGACGGGGACAACCGCGGGUGCGAUGACAAUGGCUUCUGCACGUACAACUACAAUUACAUGGACGAGUCCUACUCGAAAGGAGCCCUAGCCCUCGAGACCGUCACGAUCGGCGACGUGAACGUCACCGACAUGCCCGUAGGUUGUGGUCUGUCCAACAAACUCAAGGCGAUAGGAGUUGACGGGAUCCUCGGCCUGGGCGGCGGGACAUACUCGUUCCUGAGCAAGUCGGGCAGCGCGUUGAGCUACUGCCUGAGGGCUAGUAGCGGAACAGUCGACGGUGGGUGGCUCGACUUCAAUAGGUCUGAUUUUCCCUCUGAUGGGACCGUGUGGGUCCCGCGUGUCAUCAACCGGAUGAGACCGACGUCUUACUACGUCGGGCUCACGGGCAUAGGUGUCAACGGGGAACGGGUGCAGGGAGUGACUGCGGACACGUUCCGGAUAACGGACGGGGGCGACGGAGGGGCGAUAAUCGACACUGGGACGACGAUCACGAUGCUUCCGAAUGAUGCCUACGUGGCGCUACGGGAUGCGUUCCGGGCGAAGAUGGUGGAUAGGCAGCCGUCGACAUUCGACUUCCUCGACACAUGCUAUAAUGUGAGUGAGUCGGAUACGAUACCUACUGUCUCGUUGUACCUCUCAGACAAGUCGAGCCCGAGCAUUACGAGCAAGAGACCGUUGUUCUAUGUGGGCGGAGGCGUGGAAUGCCUUGCUUUCACCGUGUCAUCGACGAGCCUUACCAUAAUCGGCAACAUUCAACAACAAGGGACUCGGAUCACUAUCGACGCGUCGAGCGACAAUAUCGGGAUCACGCCCGAUGUUUGCUGA